GUCGGUUGUUCUUUACCAUUGACGAUCGUUCUCAUUUGCGAUAUAAUUCAAACUGUGUGUGUGUGUGUUUGGGUGUUGGUGUGUGAGGAGAAAUGGACUCCUCAUCGGCGGUAGAGGAGGCGACUUUUCAAGAGAAGCCAAAAAAUUCUGUUGAUAAAACAUCGGUGAAGCGGUGGCUGACCGGAGCGGAGAAAGACGAAGGCGAAGAGGAGUGCGACACGGAAGCCUGGGAGACGCUGAGUAAGAGUUUUAAGGAAGCGCAAUCGGUGUUAGAUCAGAACCGAUUGUUGAUUCAACAGGUGAACGAGAAUCAUCAGUCGAAGAUUCCUGAUAAUUUGGUAAAAAAUGUCGCGUUGAUUCAGGAAAUUAAUGGUAAUAUCUCAAAGGUAAGCUCUGUUUAUUCGAAUCUAUCUGUCAAUUUCGCAAGCUUUGUUCAUCAGCGGCGCGUCAAGAACAAAAACGAUAAGCUGGAUCGCUCAGAUUCGUGACUUGCGUUUUGCCUAAAAAUCGUAUUUCGUCGCUUAGUUUCAGUAAUUCUCGAUCAUCUUUUAAUAAAAUACUUUUACGCCAUCUGUGUUUACAGAAUUUGCUAGUAUAUUUUACAAAUUUGGAGUCAGUUUGAGAGUCUAUUUCGAUUGCUUUCAUAACGUUCGUGCAUGGGGUGUCUUUUGGAUGACGUUUGUGGUUUUGUUGUGAUUGAUCGUAUUUUGAAAUGAAGAUUUGAGUGCAUAACUAGUCAUACCUUCAUCUUUGAUGAUUAAGGUAGAGUGAUUGCUGCAGAUUGCUAAUCUUAUGAGGUAUUUAUGUUUUGUCUUCGUUGAUUUGCCCUAAUUGUGUUGGAGUUCUUGUUCAGUGAAUAAAUACAUACUUGUUUUGUGAGAGUGUUUUCCAUAUUGAGAAAAUUUCCUCUGAUGUUUCAUAAAAUUUAACAUAAUCUUGGAGUUUAUGAACUAAUGGUGUGGCUGUAAUUGAUCUUGGUUUCCAUAAGUAGGUAUUCUAUUGCUUUUAUGUGUUAAUUCUUGUCUGAAAGACUGACUGAUUUGACACACUGUGCUCCAAACUUCUUUCUGUCAUUAAGGAGGUUGCAGGGGACCUGGAUUAUGAUGGGGAUUUUGGAACACAUUGAUGUCAUGGAUCUGAAUCUGAUGGUAAGAUUGGUUGAUUCUAGGGUUCCAUGUAAUCUGUGAAUGUUUUGAUGUUGGGAUUUUUGUGUAUAAUGUAUGAACUGCAUAUAAGAUUCAGAAUUUGUGAUGACAAUUUAUUUGCAUCAUCAAUCGAAAGAAUUUGUGUUUA